GACGAUCCUUAAUCAAUGGAAGCAAACCGCGUCAGCGCACUGGUACAGCAUCCUUGUUUUUCCACAUAGGGCAGGUGUGUCGAAAAUGUGUAUCCGCGCUUUUUUCCAUUAAAAUGCGAACUUUUCUCGCUGCUCUCCAUUAACUAAUACGCACAUUAGGCCCUAGCAGUUCGUCGAGGAUCCAGAGUGAGUCUAGUGAUGUGAGCUCAGCUAGUGGCGAGUAAAACUGGCAAGGUCGCCAAAGCUGAGAAAUGAGAUAUAGGAUGUUUUAGCUUUCCACUUAUUGAGGAGUCUCAAUUAUCAGUCCACUAAAAGAACAAAGGAACAUGGCUACUACGGAAUCGACAUGGACUAAAAUAAACCACACUGGUACUCCACCAUGGAAGUUUCUGGGUUCAGUUAGUUCAGUGAGUCCAGCAACUUCCUUUGAAACUGAUCUUGAAAGUACUACGACAAAACCGCAGGAUUCGUACAAUGGAACAGGGUACUACAUCGAUGACGACGGGGAAUCAGUGCUGAAUGAUCUCAAGACAGUUUUAAUGGCGUGUGUGGCCACUCUUGCCCCUUUAGUGAUAUUAGUGAUUACCAUGUUUGGAAUCAGGAUUAUGUGGAUACAGUAUAAAACCCGAAAAAAAGCAAGACGAUUUGAUGGGAAUUCAGCAAGAGAAAACACUUUGGAAUCUAUAUCGAAGCCAUUGCAUAGUCACCUUCUUAGCGACAAGGACUCAACCGAUACUCAUCUAGAUAUAAGUACAGAAGCUGUAGAAAUAUGUGAAGAUCGAUCGACAACUCAACAUAACAGACCGAACAACGUCAAUGGGAGUAUUAUAACUAUGACUUUGAAAAAUAAUCACCUUAUUGUCGAAACGGAAGAACGGAACGAUAUUGAGGAAGACAGUAGAGAAACCACAGUUCGAUAUUCACCAAGUACAAGAGAUGGUGUCUUCGUCGUCGAAGUCCAGCAAGGUGUACGAAGAAGCCCGGGUUCUGGCGGGCCAACAUCUUUAGCGGAACCUGAAAGAUCGGGAUCUUUGAGCGACGAAUGUGCAUUAGUGCAUAAUCCACCUGAGAGGUUUAGUGAUGAAGAAACUUUAGAAGAAUGUGAUGGUAGUGAAUAUUCGCCAGAAACCGCUUCUCAAAAAAUUUCUUUAACAGAUAUUUCAUCGCAAGCUAAGACCGGUCUAUCUACAUCGAACACAAGUUUGGGUUCGCAAAGGCAAAGCUACUGUUAUACCAGCCAAUAUUGUUAUGAUCAAGGCAAUUAUGGGUAUAAUGUCUAUCUCGGUUAUCCCAACAACUCGUCGUCUGGUCGAAUAGCUGAGAAUAACAAACCGAAGAUUACGUCAGCCCUGUAUAAGACAACUGCAUCAAGAGGUGUUAAGAGUAUGAGCUUUGACGUAGAUAGCAACGAUAGACUAAGAGAAAAAUUAGUGUUAAGUCAUAAUAGUUCCCUGGAUAAUGUGUUAGAGAGUAACGGAUUCGAAGAGUUUUCGUCUAACUUGUACAAAUCAAAAUUAUUGCCGGAAAAUGAAUUGAGUCUGAACGAGUCUUCUAGUGAGUUAGAUGUAAGGCAGCAAGCCCACACUGAUAUAGAUAGUAACUAAACUACUGCAUAUUACGUUGUAAAUAAAGUGAAGGUAUUCAUCUUUUAGAUGCCCCUAUAUAUUUUAUAUUUCAAUACAGAUGAGUUAAAUUCCUCGUAGCUUCAAAUAAUGGGCAAUUUCUAGUUGGAAUUAUCUACUCAAUUAUGUAUUGCGACAAGUAGAUAGAUAGAAAAUGUGAGUUUUAUAACUAAAUAAUAAAAAUAUGUUUGGGGUCCAAGUAGAUUGCCAUUUUAAUUUCAUAUUAUUUGAAAAACGAUAUUUAAUUUAGUUUAAUUAGCCGAGCAGAACUGUGAAAUAAAUAUUCUUUUAGGAGGAUUUGAGAAAAAGUCGUAAUUUUUGUGUUCAAAACCACGUAGGUUUGCUUAGAAAUGAGCAAAGUUGGAAGCAGUCCCAUUAUUUAUAAUAUACUUUUGAAAUAAUUAGAAAAACGUUUUUUUGUUCGCAUUUUCAAACUCAACAGUAUAAAUUGUUGAUCUUGUUACGUUAUAUGUUAUGGAUGUAUGCAGAUUAUAUAAAAUUUACUGUUUUUCGUAUAUUUGUCUUUAUAGAAUGUUUAAUUAAAAAUGAAGUUAAUGGCAUUAUUAUAUUUGAAUGAUAUGCAUUGUAGAAAAUAUAAAUACAGCAUGAAGGAAA